ACGUCAUGACCUCCACUUCCUUGGUUCGCCGGAUUGCACAUGGCGGCGGUUUGACAUUGUAGCCAUCGACUGCUUCAGCUUUACGGCUCCAGUAUUCGUUGUUUAUCGCGCGGUCACCUUCCGUAUCUGCUUCGUCGUUAUUGAUAAGAUACAGAGAUAGUCAUGGGGAAUGUUUUAGCAGCGGGUCCGGGCCCGACAGCGGGCCAGGGGGUUCCAAACCUCGGUGCCUUCCCCCCUCCUCCUCCCCCCACUUCUGCACAAGGUGCCGCUGCAGGGUCACCCGCGCCGGGACAGCCCGAACAGAAAACAGACGACAAAUCAACCAACCCGGGAACAUUCGAUGAGCUACACAAGAAGUGCAAAGAAGUCUUCCCCAACCCGAUGGAAGGAUGUAAGCUGGUAGUGAACAAGGGCAUCAGUAACCACUUCCAGGUCAACCACACCAUCUCCCUGUGUGCGUUUGGGCCGUCCUCCUACCAUUUCGGUGCCACGUACGUCGGUACCAAACAGAUUAGUCCAUCUGAGGCAUACCCUGUCCUUCUGGGAGAUAUAGACACCUCUGGUAGUUUGAAUGCCCAAAUGAUACAUCAGAUCACAAAUAGAAUUCGUACAAAAGCUGUGGUCCAGACACAACAAUCCAAGUGGGCUAUGGUCCAGCUGGAUGCAGACUACAGAGGGGACGACUACACGGCGAGUGUAACGUUGGGAAACCCCGACUUUGUGAACGAGAGCGGCAUCGUGGUGGCACACUACUUACAGCGGAUAACCAAGAGGUUAUCGCUGGGCGCUGAGCUGCUGUACCACCACACCCAGGGCCAGGAGGCUGCCAUUGUUACUGUAGCAGGCAGAUACACAGGUGAUAACUGGAUAGCCACAGGUAACCUGGGUGGAGCUGGGUGCCAUGCAAGCUACUAUCAUCAAGGUAACGAGUAUGUGCAGGUUGGUGUGGAGUUUGAGGCGAACCUCAGGGCGCAGGAGAGCGCAGUCAGUCUGGGCUACCAGCUGGAUGUACCCAAGGCAAAUAUGGUGUUCAGAGGAAUGUUGGAUAGUAACUGGACAGUAGCAGCCGUCUUGGAGAAAAAGCUGCAGCCCCUCCCCUUCACCUUUAUGCUCAGCGGCAUGCUCAACCACACAAAGAACCAGGCUCGCUUCGGCUUUGGGUUACUCAUAGGCUAAUCAUGGGGUGGGGGCCGCCAUUUCAUUCCCCUGUACAUUGUGUCAUACAUGUAGACUGGAGGUCUCUGCUAGCUCUUCUUACAACCUUCCAUCUUUUAGAAACUCCUAGGUACAGAUAUGGAUAUAAAUCAAUAUUUAGACAGAAGGUUUCUAAGUUCCUGAAUACUAAAUAUUUCAGGUUAGGAUAGGAAAAAAUUCAGGGCUAUUUGUGACCUAAAUGAGGGAAGAAAAAAUAUCAUGUGGGCCAUCUCCUAAGAUUUGAUACAUGUACAUUGUGUUUGGACCAUGUCAGCACUACAUGUCAUCAAAUUUUACACUCUGUUAUGUGCUUGUUCACCAUCUCCCCCUGUCUGCUUACAAUUGUACUGCACAGCAUUAUACAUUCAUACUACUAUCUACUGUCAAUGUAUGUCAACUUUAGGGAGCGGACAUUUAUUUGUGCAGUUGUCAUCUUUUGUCCAAAAUUGUGUAUCCUCAGGAGAAACAAUAUUCACAUUUAUGCCCAUUGAGUAAGAUUUGUGAACUGGACUACUCAUAUUCCCAUGGUUAUCCCACAUCUAAACAGGUUUUGAGAAAAGCACCCUCAAGUGGGUUGUUGCUAAGCUACAUAAGUACAUGUAUUAAGGUAUUUGAUAAUCUGAAGAAUCCUUUGAAAUGGAUCCAGAUAUUUCCUAAAAUGUACCCAUUUUCCUUCAAUAAAAGAAAUCCAAAAACAGAAGUCACAAAAUUUUUGUCAUAAAACUAAGUUAAUGCACAGUAUUGGCAUUUACCAAAGGACAGACAUGGGUAAAAACAUAGAAUGCUUUGGUGAGAUAAUGAUAUAGGUAUUGUCUCAAUAUUAUUCCCUAAGAAGCUGCUUUCUGUCGCAAUGAAGGUGACAACUGACAAAAUGUUAGUCACCUUGCUGUUGUUACCUCUGCUUAGUGCAUGCGAUAGUUCUCCAUGUAUUCUACAUUAUUCCACACACUACCUGUUUUCUACUUCAGAUGUUUCAAUAUGGAUAUUGCUACUACAGGACAAAUAAGAUUAUGAAGAUUUCUCAUGAAGUAUUCUAAGAAAUCUAUGUACAAAAUGAACCUGUAUCAUGUAAUCACUUUUUAUAGAUGCGAAUGGAGAUUUGUCUGAUGGCCAUGAGUCAUUCCAAUAAAGCAUCAGGUUCUCGA